AUGGUGAGCCUCCCCAAGCCAUCCGCUCUGACCAGCUCCGCUAGCAUCGACAUCCUGCCCCGCGCCCAUCUACCUUCACCGCUACCGCCUUUCUCCACUCCAUCAUGUUGCUACCAGUUCGGCCUCACAACGCUCCCUCAAGAAGCAGACGCCAGCCUUGACACAGAUGUUGCCUCAAUUCUGAGCCGACUCCUCACCCUCUCGCAGCUACUUGCGAUCCCAACCCUGUUCGGAAGAGGUGACGGACAAGCAUGGACGCAUUCGGAGCAGCACUACCCUGCAUUGCUGCAGUGGAAAGAGCAGCAAGUGCCUGCUCUACUCGCGCACGUGGAACAGCUGUUGGGCAAAUUAUCUGAAAGCAGCACUUCGGGUCUCCCACAGCCAGGCUCUCAGAUUGUCGAACUCGUACUCGGCCACGUAGUUUGUGCCGUUGCGCGGUACAUUUCACCAGGCAGCGUCGGUGUCGAUUCCGAGUCGAGCAGUUCCCACAAAGUAACGCUAGAAGACGGUUGGACAAGCAGUGUAUGCGACACCAAAGCCAGAAAUGCUCUCGCUGCUUUGCGUUCCGGGUCCACUUCCACCCACCUCCCCGCGUCCUCGACGAUCGCUAAAGCACUACUCACAGACUACAUCAAGCCCAUCUUCCGCGAAACCGCCGCCUCCUCCUCUGCCUCCACAAGCUCCGUCGACCCCACCACGGGACGCCUGAAACCCCCUGCGUCCGGAAGCCUCUUCAUCUCGCACCUGGACGCCAAUCUCGGCCAGCACCGUUUCAGCAGUGCAGGCGAAGACAGCGAUGCUUCCAAUCUCGCCCCGCAGCGGUUUGCGCUCCUAGUGUCACCCGAGACACUGCGCACGAGUGCAACGCAAGGGGUUGAGGAGGCAGGGGUGCAGAGUGUGGGGGAGAGGAACGAAGCGCUGGGCUGCGUGAACGUGUUGUCGUGGUGCGUGGAUGCUUUGCGACUGGAGGGCGAAGCGGACUGGAGCGAGGUGUGGCCGCUGGUGGUGCCUCCGUUGUUGACACUGCUGGAGCAUCCGCAGCCUCGGUGGAGGUUGAGGGGCAGUGUGAUUGCGCAUCGUCUGCUUCUCAAGCCCAGUCGGCCAGUAAAAGCAGAAGAUGCAAACGCAACGGAGGGGAGAAGACACGAGGUGCUCGGGAACAUGCUCGUGCGCACAGGAAUCGGGAGCCUGCUCGAACGCGCAUUGCACGUCAACCUGACGUAUAUCCACGACGAACAGUAUGCGCCCGGCUUGCUCGAACAGUCGAUCGGUGCGCUGAGACAGCUCGUCCUGCUCACUACCCAUCCGAUCAGCUAUCGUGUGGUUGGGCAGACGCCGCCGCCGGAUGCGGCUUGGUCAUCGCUCGACGACUCGGAAGACGACUGCGGCAAGCGCAGGAUGGAUGCGCUGUUCCGGCUGGUCUCGGAAGCCAUUCUCUCGACGUGGUCCUACUUGCCGCUCCCGCCUCACGGGACACGGCUGGGUCGCGAGCUGGUCAACGUCACCUGUUCGGCGUAUCUGAUUCUGGCGGACGACUUGGCGCCACCACCGCAAACACCACACACACGUGUAACGAUCCUAGGCGGAGUAGCCAGAUUUCUCGACGUAUCGCUCGACUGGAUCUUCCGCAGCUGGCUGUCCACCGUCGCUUUUGAUCACACGGAUCAGAUCGCCUCCAGCAUCGUCGUACUCAGCCUCGCUAACCGCUUGCUCUUUGGUAGCAGAGACUCUGACGUUCGACCGGACAACGAACCGUGGGGUCCCCGUCGGUUCACCAGUCUCAUCUUGAGUUCGGUCGCCAAGUGCUGGAUAAGCGCUCUGGAAUCGCACCUUCGCGGUAGCACGCAGGCAGCGCUUGGGUGGGACGAGCUCGAGCACGGUCUGUCUACACUGUUGCGCAGGCUGUCGCAAAUGGAUGCAUCGGUUGAAUCGCGCUGGUCAGAAUUGGUCAGGUUGGACCAGCGACUCGAAGGGCUCCUGCCGCCAGCGUGA